AUGGCGGCGGCUGUGGCGGCCCGCGGAGCGGCCAUGGCGGCCCGCUGCGGGUCGGGGCGGCGCUGGCGGGCGGCCAUGGCGGCCGCGGCUAUGGCGGGCGGAGGAGCGGCGGCGGCGGCCUGGUGGAGGGGCUACCGCGGCCGCGCCCCGCCGGGGCCGGACCUCCGCACACCGGCCGCCCUCCUCACCGUGCUGGCGCAGAAAGAUCCUGCCAAAGAAGAAUUAUCAGAUAAGGUGUCCAUUCGAAAGCAGCGCUUCCUACAGUUUUCCUCGCAAGAAUAUGAAGGAGAAUAUUACAUGACACCCAGAGAUUUCCUGUUCUCAGUAAUGUUUGAUCAAAUUGACCGUAAAGCCUUGGUCAGGAGGCUCUCCCAGAAGGAGGUGGAAGGUGCCCUGGCAUUUGCCAAGCGGGCCCGUCGAGGAUCCAACUUUUUCCGAGACCUUGGAGAUAAAGGAUUGAUUUCAUACACUGAAUAUCUGUUCUUGCUGACAAUCCUCACCAGACCGCAGACUGGAUUUCACAUGGCCUUUAAAAUGCUGGAUUCAGAUGGUGAUGAGCGGGUUGACAAGAGAGAAUUCUUCAAGCUUCAGCAAAUUAUUAGAAGACAAGAGGAUUUGAAGGCAGCAGCCAGGGAUGAGUCCAUGCUUAUGGAAUCUAAAAUGGAAGAUUCUGAAGUUAAUACCACCCUCCAGAUCCACUUCUUUGGAGCAAAAGGAGAAGACAAGCUUCACUAUAGAGAAUUUCACAGGUUUAUGGAAAAUUUGCAGACAGAGGUGCAAGAAAUGGAAUUCAUACAGUUUUCCAAAGGACUGAGCUUCAUGAGAAAAGAGGACUUUGCUGAGUGGCUGCUGUUUUUCACCACAGGAAACAAAGACAUUUACUGGCAAAAUGUGAAAGAAAGAAUGCCAGCUGGAGAGAGUAUAAGCUUGCAUGAGUUCAAGACGUUUUGCCAGUUUACGACACACCUGGAAGAUUUUUCCAUCACCAUGCAAAUGUUCAGCAUAGCCAAUCGCCCUGUCAAAUUGGCGGAAUUCAAGAGAGCUGUGAAAGUGGCAACGGGACAUGAGCUCUCAGACAAUGUUUUGGACACAGUCUUCAAGAUCUUUGAUUUAGAUGGUGAUGAUUGCCUCAGCCAUGGAGAGUUCCUUGGGGUUUUAAAGAACAGGAUGCAUCGUGGUUUAUGGGUGCCACAGGAACCAGGCCUACAAGAAUACUGGAAGUGCGUGAAAAGAGAAAGCAUUAAAGGAGUGAAGGAAGUCUGGAAGCAGGCCGGAAAACCGCUGCUGUAAAAGACCAAAGGGAAGGGGCUCCAGGGUGAUCACCUGGCAGGACUUGGACUUUUAAAGUGUCUGUUUCUGUUUACCUAAUGCAAAUGUUCUUAAGUCGUCUGCAGCGUGUGUAAUAUCAGAGUGCAACGGACUUGCUUUCUGAUACCAUAACCUCAUGAUUUUGGUUGGGUGGAGGAACUCGGCUUUUAUUCUCUUAAUAGGAAAUGUUGAAGUUUACAAGCUGGGCACAUACCCUAGUGGUGCCAGUCUGUUUUCCACUCCCAGGAAGAGUUGAGAAUCUGGUUUUAGUCCUGGUCUCCCAUAAUCAGGAACAAAAGCCCGGUCCCUUGCAGGGAAAUACCUGGCAUUGUGCUAAUUGUAAUCAAUCAGUCAAUCAGUGACAUUUAUUGAGCACUUACUGUGUGCAGAGCACUGUGUACUAAGCACUUGGGAGAAUACAGUUCAACAGAGUUGCCCACAAGGGUUUACAGUCUACAAGUCUGGUAUCACACUCCAGUGAGCAUCUGAGCCAGUACUACCCCGGGGGAAUGACAUUUUGGAGGGUCCUUCCCCUGAAACACAUAGGGCCAGGAAGACAGGAUCGGGUGCUUGUGUUCUUAGGAUUUUAUUCCAGCUGGGGGCUUGAGUGGGGAUUAGUUCUAAUGAUAAAUGUCUUAACAAAUCUCAUUAUCAAAACUGGAAAUAAGAGCGUUUACAGAGACAUGGAAAAUAGAAACUGUGUGCUUGAUUUCUGAAAGUUUCUUUUAAAAUCUCACAGCCGAAGGUAGAAAUAAACAAAUUUUGUGAGCGAA